UACGUGCAGACAGAGGAAAGCCCCAUCAUCAGUCCGCAGGACAAGGCCAGGAAAGGCUUUAGCUAGGUGGAAUUCGCUUAGUUUCUUUGGAUUAAUUUGCUGCAGGUUCCGCGAAAUGGAUCAAAAGCGUAGCCCCAGUAGACCUAAAAGACAAUCUAAAUCACCAGACGAGAGCUACUGGGACUGCAGUGUAUGUACAUAUAAAAAUUCCGCAGAAGCGUUCAAAUGCGAAAUUUGUGAUGUUCGGAAAGGCACGUCGACAAGGAAACCCAGACUUAAUUCACAAAUUGUAUCACAGCAGGUUGCAGUAAUCCCGCCUCCACCUCCCAAGCAAAUUCGAAAUCACUCCACAAAGAAAUCCCCUUUAUUGGCAUCGUCAAGUACAUCAAAGAGAAUUAGACCGAGAUUAAAGAACAUUGACAGAAACAGUGGAACACCGAUGGCUGUUACUGUAAAUGACGUUACUGUUAUCAUCACCGAUUACAAACCAUCACACCGAUCUUCAAUCUCCUCAUCGAUGGUUGCAUCCCCGUCAUCAUCUUCCUCACAGGAGAGUAACCAUGGUGACAACAACAAUUCCAGUCAUAACAAAUUCAGUUUUGCUGACCAAACAAAUGAAAACAUAAACGGUUUUUGA